AUGCCACCACACACUGUUUCAGAUGAUCUAAAGGCUCAAAUACCUGUUCUACAUCAACGUGGGCACUUGGUCAAGCAUAUCUUCCAUGACAAUAUCUGCCAUCUACUUGGAGUAAAAAAGACUCUUGUAUACAAAGUUUUACAGCUCUUUCCCGCAACUUGGAGUAUCCACAACAAGAAUACAGGCCAACAUCACACCCUCACCAUCAAUGAUCUCACUUUCAUCACUGCUAUCCUUUGUCACUGUCCUACUAUCUAUCUUGAUGAGCUACAGCAUGAAUUGCACUCUUGUUGUGGUGUGUUUGUGUCUGUGCAAACACUUCUUUGCACAUUUUGGCAGCUACAUCUCAAUCACAAAUGCAUUUCUGCACACACUCUUGAAUGGAAUGAAGAAAAAUGUGCUAUUUUUAUGAAUAAUAUUGCUGAAAUUGUGCCUGACCCUGAAAUGUUGAUGUUUGGUGAUGAGGUUGUGAAAGACAAGAGAACUGUCAUUCAAUGCUAUGGCAGAUCAAGAAUUGGAAUGAGGUAUGUCAAAUUGUGCUUUGAUUGA